GUAUAGUUUGGGCCAGAAGUUUAGGCCCGCAGGUGGGUCCAUUUACUGCACGCCGUUAAAAAAUUAUUACUGUUACGCGAUGAAGAUCCUACGUCAGUGAGAGUAGACGCGUGGGAGUAGCUGACGUGAUCGUCUGCCAACACAACAUAAUGGUAGACCCCAAAAACAUUUUGCAAUUGGCGCGCCCAAACUCGAAAAAAACUCAAACCGGGUAAGCCUGGCGCAAACCCCAAGGUUCGGGUUUUGUCAUAUCCACCAUUCAAAUGUGGGAUUUGGAGGCUCGGAACUCCCCGUAUUAGGCUGUCUGUUUGUGAUUUGUUCCCUAAAUAAAUUAACUCACUAAUUAUAAUUAAAUUUUGUGGCAGAGAAUGGGAAAACAGUAUUGCCGUCGUCGACGUCAAAAAAUUUAGAUCCAAUCCAAAAAUCUGUCUUCUUCAUAAUUUCCUUCCCUCUCUCCCAAGCUGCGUAGUAAAUGCGGGCGUUGAAGGUCUAUUCUGGUUGACUGUUCAUCAAAAAACGAAAAUCAAAUUAAACCAAAACUAAAUAAAUACAAAGCAGUAAAACACGGAGAAGACAAAAAAAAUCAAAUACGGUAGAGGAAGAACCCUAACAAUAUGCAGAUGCAGUCGACAGAGUAGUGUUUGUCGUCUCUCCCUCUUCCUUCCUCCAGCUGAGUAGAGCCAAAGAAGCUCUCCACUGUCCCGCCGACUUCGAUUCUCAGUUCAUAACUUACUCGUCUCGUCGUCACCCACUGUCUCUCAAUCGGAAGACCAAGAAAACCGCCAUUCCCACCGCUUCUUCUUCUUCUUCUUCUUCAGCUCAUCAAAGAAGCAGCAGUAAGCAGGUUUGUCUUUCCCCAACUCUUUGAUUUGGUUUGUUUUCGCUUCUGGUAAUUGGACAAAACCGACCGCCCUGGAUUCCCGCCUUUUACCCUUCCCUUUCCAAUGUUCAAAGUUUCGUCUUCAUUUCAGAUUUCCUGGAACCCCAGUUUCCCUUUUCCCCUGCUUUUCUUCCUUUCAGUUGUCUGUUUCUCUUUUUUUUUUUUUUUUUUGUAGAAAAAGGCCAUCUUUUACCUUAUUUUGCUGGGUUCACUCAUUCAUUCAGUUCAAACACACGCUACCUGCAAAGAACCCUCUUGUUAUUGUACUACCGGCCAUGGCCAUGUAAAUCAUUUCAUGGGUUUCCCCCUUUUGUUUGUUAUUAUAAUUUGCAGAUGGGUGAUUAGACUUGUUGAGGGUGGCUGAAUUAAAUGAGCAGCAACUACUCCCAUCACGUGCAGCAGCCAUAGCAGCAAAUUUCAUCUUCAAGAAAAUAGCUCCCCUUCCGCAAAUCACACCCACAAGUUAAGUAAACAGAAAGAGGGUCAACUUCCUUCCGAUCCACAUCCUCUGUGUAUCAGCAAACAGGAAGGAGAGCUCGUCUUCAUCUUCAUUCCUCUCGUAGCUUGCUUUAUUCUUCUGAUGCCGGUUCUUGAAAGAAGUCCAUCAUCUUCAUCCUCCUCUUCCUCCAUCUCCUCGAUGUCGGUGGUUUCGUGUGAUCGAGAGAUUGAUCCGUUGCUGAGCGAUUUGGAUGAGAAGAAACACAACUUCAGGCGCAACGUUGUCUCUUUAGCUUCGGAGUUGAAGGAAGCCCGCGCCCGCCUCUCUUCUCAACGGCAGUCAUUUGCUAAAGAAUCUUUAAGCAGACAGGAAGCAGAAAGCAGAGCCAAGACCAUGGAACAGCAGAUUUGUAGACUCCACCGCACUUUGGAAGAGAGGAACGCCGAGCUUAAGGCCUCUGCUUCUACUGCUGAACAGUACCUCAAAGAUUUGGGUAGUCUGAGAUCCCAGUUUGCAGCCACUCAAGCAACUGCAGAUGCAAGUGCAGCAUCAGCACAUUCUGCACAGUUACAAUGCUUGGCAUUAGUAAAGGAGCUAGAUUCCAAGGCUACUACUUUAAAAGAGCAGGAAGAUCGUGUCUCUAGACUAGGAGAGCAGUUAGACAGCUUGCGUAAGGACCUCGAAGAAAGGGAAUCUUCACAAAAGCAACUCAAAGAUGAAGUGUUGAGAAUUGAGCAUGACAUUAUGCAAGCAGUUGCGAGCGCUGGGGAUAGCAGAGACUGUGAGCUGAGGAAAAUUCUGGAUGAGGUGUCCCCUAAGAAUUUGGAGAAGAUGAACAAGCUUCUGAUCGGCAAGGAUGAAGAGAUAGGGAAGUUGAGAGAUGAGAUAAGGGUCAUGUCUGCUCACUGGAAGCUCAAGGCCAAUGAUUUGGAAUCUCAGUUGGAGAAGCAGAAACGAGCUGACCAAGAACUAAAGAAGAGGGUUUUGAAGCUAGAAUUCUGUCUUCAGGAGGCCCGCUCCCAGACAAGAAAGCUCCUAAGGAUGGGGGAGAGAAGGGACAAAGCUAUUAAGGAGCUUCAGAACCAGUUAGCGGCGAAACAAGCUGUUGGUAGGGAAUUCAGCAACGAAAAGCAUAAGUUUUGGGAAACCUCCAGCUUCAAGAUUGUAGCUUCCAUGUCCAUGUUAGUCCUGGUUAUAUUCUCAAAGCAGUGAGGAUAGCGAGAGGCUGGAGUUACAGUGUACAUAUAGAAAUGGCACGUUGUAGAGAGGCUGUGUCUAGUUUGUAGAAAUGGCACGUUGUAGUAAUGGCCAUAUAUGUAGGUCAGGUGUAGUGUCAUGCAGGGCUAGUGUGUAGAAUGUGGGUUUGGCUGCUUGCCGAACCCAAGUUAUGAAGUUAAGUUUUGAAAAACCUUGAACUCGGUAGAAGCAUCCCUCUCUAAUGUCAAAAAUAAUGUGUAAAUCAACUAAGGAGCUGUCAGGAACUUAAUUAGGCGGAGGGAGUAUUGGGAAAAAAUCCCAGAAUACGCUAGUUAUUAAAAAAAAUUCCCUAAAUACAGUACUUAUAAAACUAAUUCCCAAAAUACAGCAGUUUCAACAUCACUGUCUUUGUCUAAGACAGUGAUGUUGAUCACCGCUUUUGUCCAAAGCAGUGAAGCAGCGGGGUACGCAUCACCGCCUUGGACAAAAGCGGGGAAUGCAUCAUCGCUGUGGUCAAAAGCGGUGAUACGUUCCCCGCUUUGGACAUCAACAGUGAAGCCAUCACCGCUGUUGUCCACAGCAGUGAUUGCCCCCACGUUUUACACAGCCCUGGUAGGUGGACAGGUAGGUAACAGCUACCUAGCCAUCACCGCUGUUGACUAAGGCGAUGAUGGUUCACCGCCUUUGUCCAAAGCGGUGAUUGCCUCCAAUUUUUCCUAUAAAAAGCCACGCCCCCUCUUCCCUCCUGCUGCCAAACACUCCUGCUGCCAAACAGAAAAUUAGUACCAAAAUUAUCGUUUUCGCAGCUGGUUCCUCCGUAGUUUACUGCUCAAGAAACUCGUCGGGAUUCGGUAUGUUAGAAUUAUGUAUUGUUUACAUUUUGAUUAUGUGCUAGAAUUAGGUAUGUUAGAAUUAUAUAUUUAGAUUAAUGAUAUAUGUUAGUUAGUUAGUACUGAAUUUAGAUUAAUUUGUUUAGUUAUCAUGAUAGAUCGGGAUUGAGUAUGUUAUAAGUAUGUAUUUUUUACAUGUUGAUGUGUUAGUAAUUAUACUGUUUGUAUUUAGUGAAUUGCGGUUAUUGGAAAAUAUGUUAUGAUAUUAUUUAGUUUAAUUAUGAUAUGAUAGAUGUUAGUUAGCUAGUUAUGAAUUUAGAUGAAUUUGUUUAGUUUUCUCAUAAUAGAUAAAUUAGUUGCAUUUUA